GGACAGCGAGCUGGAGUGAAGAGAUAGCGGGUUGCUGUGUGACUUUUACAUUUCUCUUAGUGCCUGAGAAGUAAACUAAACCAAGGCGUCAAUUCAAGGGCAGAGACACUUUCAAACUUAUCUUCGGAGGCCACCAUGCUGGAGGACAAGAAGACCAAGGUAAAGAUCACCUUCUUGGUUAUCCUGGUGGGCAUCUCGUCCAUGUUGGCGGCGGUGGUGACGGACCACUGGGCAGUGCUGAGUCCCAGGGUGGAGCGGCUCAACACCACCUGCGAAGCGGCCCACUUCGGACUCUGGAGGCUGUGUAAAAAGAGUAUCUUCAUUGUGGAGGAAGACCCUCAGGGUAAAGGCUGUGGCCCUAUCAGCCUGCCAGGAGUCAAGAACUGCUCCUACUUCAAACACUUCACAUCAGGGGAAGAGGCUGAAGUUUUUGAAGUAAAGACUCAGAAAGGUCUGUGCAUCGUCAUCUCGGUGGAGAUCAUGAGGCAGUCGGUCAAACGCAUGAUUGACAGUGACGAGACCAUAUGGAUCGAGUACUACUAUUCGUGGUCCUUCGCUUGCGCCUGCGCCGCCUUCACCCUCCUCUUCCUCAGCGGCAUCAGCCUCCUCAUCAUCUCCAUGCCACACAUGCCCAGAAACCCCUGGGAGACCUGCAUGGACGCCGAACCAGAGCCCAUAGACUAG